AUGUCAUCGGACGAGAUCUUGGCGGGCAAAGCCCUCGAAUCGAGAAAACCAACAAUCCUAGCCAUUGUGGUUUCAAUCCCAAUCCUAGCCUUCUCAGCUGUGUUGUUGCGAGUUUACACCCGCACAAUCUUACUGAGAAACUUUGGUAUCGACGAUGGAUGUGUUAUCAUUGCACUUAUUCAGCUCUUCACAUUAGCAUGUGCCACUCUCGUUGGAUACAAUACCCGAAACGGCUUCGGUGCCCAUCAAUCCACUGUUUCCGAUGAUGAGUUUAGAGCUUUUAUGAAGACAUUCUACUUCUCUAUUGUUACAUACAAUAUCGCCCUAGCCGCCAUCAAGACAACAUUUCUCGUCCAGUAUUACCGCGCCAUAGGUGUCCGCCAGUACAAGAGAACAUACCUGAUAGCUCUUGUUAUCGUCAGUGCAUGGAGCGUUUCACAAAUUUUGCUCAACACCCUUGCAUGCACACCGGUAUCAGCUUUCUGGGAUCAUUCGGCUGGCGGUUCAUGCAUCCCUAACAACCCAUCAUGGUAUAUCAACGCGGCUGGAAACAUCGUAACGGACAUUCUAAUCAUGCUGCUUCCGCUACCUAUCCUUCGAGAACUGCGGCUUGGGCGACGUCAAAAGUGGAUUCUCAUCUCUAUCUUCUGCUUAGGCUUCUUCACUUGCAUCAUAUCAAUCAUCCGGAUCAAGUUCCUUAGUAUAACCGAGGAUAUCACCUGGAACAACGUGGAAGCUGCGGCUUGGUCUGUGACUGAGCUCUGCUCCGGCAUUAUCUGCGCAAGUCUCCCAACUCUGCGGCCCCUGGUCUCCCGCCACUUCCCCUCUUUCUCUAGCCACAGUCGUUCUUACGCGAUACAUGAGGAUUCAAGAGCCCAGAUGAAUAGCCAUCAGUUACACCAGUCACGUGGCCUCGAGAUGGAUGGCUUCUCUGGCCAAAGUAUUCACUCAUCCGAGAGCAAGGAACAACUACAUGUCUUGGAGUCGAGGAUUAUCAUACAUACCGAUAUCGACCAGCAUGUACAAGCAUCAGCGCCAGGAAAUCAUCAAACUUUACACCAUACAUCUAUUGAAGGAGGGCCAGGUUCAGAAAUUGUAGUUCUGGGGAAGUAG